CUGUUCUGUCAGGACUGUCAAUAUGCCUGCCACGUUAGUUGCUUGCCGAAAGUGCCACCGAUAUGUCCAGUGCCGCCUGAAGCCAGAAGACCGUUGGGCAUUGACCCACAAAAAGGAAUAGGCACCGCAUACGAAGGCUUGGUGAAAACGCCGAAGCCGUCUGGCGUUAAAAGAGGUUGGCAGGCAACCUACGUGGUUGUUUGUGACUUCAAGCUGUACCUUUAUGACUGCAGCAUCGAUAAGCAUGGAAAAGCAGUCGAUAUUCAUCCUGUAAUUCGGCAGGUAACAAUGUCCCUUCUGCUUCGAUAUCAGUAUGAACAAGUACUGGAUAUGCGAGAUUCGGAUUUCACAGUAACUGGCGUUACGGAGUCCGAUGUUAUUCAUGCAUCGAGGUCCGAUUUGCCAAAAAUAUUCCGUAUUACAACGAGUCAGAUACAUGGUACACUGCCAACAUCGGGUAUCAACACCACCGGAUCAACAUCAAGCAGCGGAAGUGGCACUUCCGAAGGACCUGUCUCACGCCAGUACACUCUCCUUAUGGCCGACAAUCAUGAGGUUUCUGGUUUUUCUUGA